AUGGAACAUGCGAUUACAGGAUGGAAACGUUAUGCACUGGUACAACCAUCUAUGAUGAUGCUAAUAUUUGCUCAAGCAUUAUCAAGUAAUAUUUUCAAAGAUUUAAUAGUAUAUCGUACUUGUAGUAUAACAUUUAGUAUAAAUAAAACAGAAUGUUUGCUAUUACAUGAAAAUAGCAGUUCUAAAGAAGCAUUGAAACUAGAUGCACUAAUUCAACCAAAAGCAACUUUAAUUUUAAUGACUAAGUCAAUCGUUGAAAGUGUUAUACCUGCAUUGUUGUCUUUGUUUUUGGGACCAUGGAGUGAUGUAUAUGGAAGGAAACCUAUUAUGGUGUUAGGAUAUAUUGGUACAUCACUGACAUAUUUGAUUGUUUCCUUUAUUUCUAUUUUUGAUAUCAGUCCAUGGUUUUUAUUAAUUGCAUAUAUUCCAUAUGCAUGUCUUGGAGGAUUUUGCAUAAUUUUAUUGGGUACUAUUUGCUAUAUUACUGAUAUAUCAGAUGAGCAAGAAAGAGGAUGGCAAUUAGCUUACAUGCAAGUUUUAAUAUCUGUUGGUAUUUUAACUGGUAUAUUAGCUGGUCCUGUUAUUUUUCAAGCAUAUGGGUAUACAAUUGUAUUUGCUAUUACUACUGUAUGUUGCAUUUUAGCAAGUUUGCAUAUUUACUUCUUAGUUCCUGAUACUACAUACAACACAGAUUCAAUGACUUUAAAAAACUUGUUUAAUGUACAUUUAGUUAAAAAGCUUAUCAGUACAUGUACCAAAAAAAGAGAUGGAUUUGAUCGAAAUAUAGUUUGGUGCUGCAUAACUUCUAUUAUUUUAAUGGCUACAGUUUUAGAAGGAAAUAUUACUGUUGAAUUUUUAUUUACAACUGCUAGACUUGGCUGGGAUGUAACUACAUUUUCUAUUUAUGUGGCUACAAAUAUAAUACUUUCAAUUCUGGGGAUAAUUGCAAUAAAAUUUUUAGUACAAUGUGGAGGAUUUUCUGAAGAGAUGGCAGCCAUAUUGUCAUCACUGUCUUCCUUAAGUAGCUGUAUAGUGGAAAGUUUAACAUUUAAAUCUUGGCAUAUGUAUCUAUCUGCAGUUGUUGGAAUGUUCGGUGGCAUUGCUAGUCCUAUGAUCCGUGCUAUAUUAUCCAAGUCAGUGCCUCCAGAAGAUACAGGUAAAGUAUUUUCUAUGACAAUAUCUAUUGAAACAUUAACUCCACUUGUGGCGUCUUCUUUAUACACCAUGAUUUACUCAUAUUUUAUGCCACCUAUGUAUCCAUUACCAGUGUGGUUAGUUUCCGGAGUAAUUUAUAUUAUUGUGAUACUUAUUUUAAUAAAUAUACAAAUUCGAAACGUAAAAUCUAACUCUAUAAGAUAUACACCACUGUCACAAGAUGAUGAAUUAUCAUCAUAA